UCGAUAGUAAAUGUUAAGUAUGAAAUGUUCCAUCACUAGAAACCAAAAUCAAAACAAAAUAAUACUCUUGAUUGAAUUAUUUAAAAAAUGGAGCGAAAAACCAGGGAAUAUGACGUUAGCAGGUUCAAGGUACUGUUUCUCACGAAAGGAGAAGGCGGAGAAGAAGAAGAAGAAGAAGAGUAUGAGGAUGGAGACGUCGUCGGUUAUAGACCGGAGAUCUAUGAUGAAGAACUGGCGCUGGAACGGGAAGAACAAGAGCUUGAAGAACAGAAUCUUAGACGCCAGCUUUAUCAAGGAGGAUCCGCAUCCUUCAUCUGCAGGCAUUGCCCCGAAGUAUUUUUUAACAAAAUGGAGCUCGCCGCCCAUCGCCCCAUUCACAGGUUUAAAAGUAAGCAGACAAAGUCCACCUCGGAGUUCAUCUGCGACGCAUGUGGAAAAGUCUUUCAAAGACGCCACGCCCUCGAGAAUCACAUGAACGCCCACAACGGCGAACGGAAUUAUCCGUGCCCGGAGUGUCCAGCUCGCUUUGUUCAGCGCAGCAACAGAGAUUGCCAUCUGAGGAAUGUCCAUAGGAGGGAGUACCUGCACUUCUGCCCAGAACCGGGAUGCGAGCGGCGUUUCCAACAAAAGCGGGAACGGGAUCAGCAUGUCAAAUCGGUUCACCGCAACGAGCGGGACUUCGUUUGCAGUACCUGCAAUGCCAGUUUUAGCCAUAUUGUAAACUAUAGGAAACACUUGGCGUCCCACGGCUCUGAGAAGAACUAUGGCUGUCCCAUUUGUGGAAAGCUAUUCGGACGAGCAGAGAAUCGGGAUGUUCACCUCUUCGUGCAUAGUAUUAGUAAGGCGUAUGCUUGCUCCGUCUGUGGAGCAGAUUACAUGCGUCGCAAUCAAUUGAUUCGUCACAGUUCAGAGAGUGGACAUCAGAACAACCCGAUUGUCCGGCAGAAACCUCAGUUUAGUCCAGCCCUGGCUCAGAGACACGAUCCCGGCAGCCCCUCAGACCUAGAGGACUUGCAAGAAGAGGGAAGCGGGCGAGCUGUCUGGAUAGUUGCAGAAGAAGAAUGCGAAGAAAAGUCAAUUGUGGUUCAAGAUCAAUGCAAGUAAAACUGACCAGGUUAGUUUGUACCGAAUAUUAGAAAUACGUCGAUCUAAAAUAAGAAUUUGAACUGAAAUAUUUUUUUAAGAAAGGAAAUGAUAUUAAUAAUAAUAUUAUUAUAUCAUAUAAGAGUAUGAAAGCCAUAGAUAUAUAGAAACUAAUAAAAGGCAAGCAAUGUGAGCUUGCCUUUCCUGAAACUUUAAAAUGUGAAAUAAAUUGAAUUACUAAAAAAAGAUAGACUGAUGCGAAAACACUAAAGAUGAUGGAUUGGAUUCAUAGUUUAAGCAGAAAAAUCCAUAAAUUAAUGAUAAAACAGCGAAAAUUAUUACGGCAU